GUCCGUUUGAGAUCGUCAAGCCAGUCACCUCUACAAUGACAAGCUGCGGAAUGGAUCUAACCUCAGCGGAUCUCAAGAAGAAACCUCAACCACAAAGCAUUCCUUCCCAGACCCCGUCGUCAGUCAUAUCGAACAACCUGUCAUAUCCAUUCUGACACAAUGGCUGGUGUGGGUGCAGUCGCCUGCUCCUUGACUUUUACAGUCCUCUCUGUCCUCCUCGGCGGUCUACGACUCUUCACAAGAGCCUACAUCGUUGGAGCGCUGCUGAUUGACGAUCUGCUCCUCGGGUUUGCGAUCUUGGCCUCGAUAGCGUUGACGACGCUCAUCGUCUUUCGUACGGCCGAAUAUCUGCUGUAGCGACGAGAGAAGAAAUCGACUGACAGGUGUAGAAUCAUACAAUGGCCUAGGCGAGCAUAUGGAGCUCCUCCCAAUGGACAACAUAUACAAUUUUCUGCAGGUACGCCACAGUCGAUCGCAAUAAAGACCAUCAACGCGAGGCUACCUGCUGACAUCCUGCAAAGGCUCUCUGGGGAAGCACGAUAGUGUACAGCAUCGCC